CAAGGCUACAGCGCGCGACCGGGCCCGGCGUAUCUAAUCAUGGCCACAAUAUCCUGAUCUAUGCAUAGCAAGGACAGAUAUUUCAAUGCAAGCUUACGACGUGUGAAGUACACUAGGCUGCCGCGAAAUGUAAGUAUCACACCAAACACCAUGCCUUCGACCCCUCUCCGCCAUGACGCAAUGGAACGCCCAGCGAAAAAGUGCCGCAUUCGAAUCUCUUCAAGCGUUUCGCAGUUCCCUGGGACGAAAAAGGCUGUUCAAGAGAGCUAUGUAGAACUUGAGACCGCCUAUCAAAGGGUUAAAAUAGCUCAGUUAAUCGUCAAGUACCGCGAACUCGAGCACUUGGGCCAGAGGGCCAUCGAGCUGGUCCCAGGCUUUGAACACGUAGCCGUCUCGACAAAGGUAGACGAGGCCAGAGCAGCGCUGAGAAGCGCAGACGCGGCCUUCGAGGACGCCCUGCAGCACUAUUGCGCCGUCUGGUGUGCCCGCAUCGGCACGCUACUCCUCACCCUUCCAGUAGAACUCCGAGACUCUAUUUCCAGAAGUCUUGUUCUCGUGCGGCACCCGCUCGACUCCGAAGACGUCUACAAUAACAUCGACCCCAGCCUAACCGACCAGCGCGACGCCAUUACCACCAUACCGCACUACUACGCCCUUCUCGGCCUUCCCACGAGCCAGGAGGUCGCGGCCGAGCUCCUCCGGGUAUCCCACUUCGAACGAGCCAUCUGGCUCGUCGUGCAGUGGUGGAGCGCUUCAACGGCCGCUUUGAAGGGGCCAGAGAACCUCACCGACGUGCGGCGGCGAAUGACGAAAGGAGUCGCGCGGCUCCGGGCUUUUUUGGAUCCAACGGUCCUGGCGGCGGCGAGGACGGCGCGAGCAAGGGACUCGAGCAUUCGGGUAGUUGCGCGCGUGCAUUCGCAUGACGUGCAGUUCUUGCUGGACGCUCUCGCGCCUGUUGCGCUUCUGAUGAGGGACAGUUGCGUCAAGGCUGUUGCCUCGCUCUAUGUGGGUGCUGCGGAGGUCGAGCCCACUGUCUUCAUGCUUGAUGAGGAGGCUGGGAGGCUUGUAAAGGCCCGCGAUGAUAGGUCGAGUGUGUAGGAACCGAGAGGAAAAGCUCGCACAAUGGAGAGGGCCGGGACGAAUGCUGAAUUAUCCCUGGGCGAAGGAUGAUUGAUUGCUGAGUUGCACGAGGGUAUCUCGGCGAGCAGCAAGAAAUGAAUGUUUGCCGUCUGUACGAUAGUUCUGAGGAUAAU